GAGCGGAGGGGGAGGUGGCUGGCCGCUUCUCCCGCGUCCGCCAUUUUGUUGCUGUGGCUCUUGGGAGCGGGCUGGGCGAAGCGGACCUGGCGGCGCAGCGCUCCCGGGGGUCCGGUGCUUGGCUUGGCCGCGGGGCUCGGUGCGGAGAGGCGGGGGCGCGGGGCCGGCGCGCGCCGGGCCAGGAGUGACCGGAGGGUCCCGGGUGGCUUCUGCCGCGCUUGGCUUCGCCGCCGCGACCCGGCUGGGCCCGCACCCCCGAGCCGGCUCGGUCCGUGAGGCGGCCCCGGAGCAGGCGGGCUGUGCGGAGGAUGCUGCGGGCCCGCGGCCGCGAGGAAGGUGCCGACUCGGCCCAGUAGGCGCGCGGUGAGUCAGAGGCCCUGCCCGGCACGCAGACGAUUCGGGCGGAGCGUCCAGCGCAGGCACAGCAGCCCCGGCCCGCCCGGUCCAGCGCCCGGCCCGCCAUGUCCUCCGCCAGGUUCGACUCUUCGGACCGCUCGGCCUGGUACAUGGGGCCCGUGUCUCGCCAGGAGGCACAGACCCGGCUCCAGGGCCAGCGCCACGGCGUGUUCCUGGUCCGCGAUUCGUCCACCUGCCCCGGGGACUACGUACUGUCCGUAUCCGAGAACUCGCGGGUGUCUCACUACAUCAUCAACUCGCUGCCCAACCGCCGCUUCAAGAUCGGGGACCAGGAGUUCGACCACCUGCCGGCCCUGCUGGAGUUCUACAAGAUCCACUACCUGGACACCACCACGCUCAUCGAGCCGGCGCCCAGGUAUCCGAGCCCACCAAUGGGAUCUGUAUCAGCACCCAGCCUGCCUACAGCAGAAGAAAAUCUGGAAUAUGUACGAACUCUCUAUGAUUUUCCUGGGAAUGAUGCCGAAGACCUGCCCUUUAAAAAGGGUGAGAUCCUGGUGAUAAUAGAGAAGCCGGAAGAACAGUGGUGGAGUGCCCGGAACAAGGACGGCCGGGUAGGGAUGAUUCCCGUCCCUUAUGUGGAAAAGCUUGUGAGGUCCUCGCCACACGGAAAGCAUGGGAAUAGGAAUUCCAACAGUUACGGGAUCCCAGAACCUGCUCACGCGUAUGCUCAGCCUCAGACCACGGCUCCUCUGCCUGCAGUUUCCAGCACUCCUGGGGCAGCGGUCAGCCCUUUGCCAUCCACACAGAAUGGACCUGUCUUUGCAAAAGCAAUUCAGAAAAGAGUGCCCUGUGCUUAUGACAAGACCGCCCUGGCAUUAGAGGUAAAAUCUACUAAGGCUGGUUCUUUGGGUCCUUUGACACUCAGUUUUCGUUCUCUUUGGCCAUGGCUUGCGGGGAUCUCAGUUCCCCGACCAGGAAUUGAACCCAUGCCGUAGGCAGUGGAAGCAUGG